GCUUUUCCCGUCUUUGAAAUACUUGCCACUGAGAAUGCAUUGUCUUCGGAUAUUGCUUACACUACAAGUGAAUUGUCACAUAUACAUCCCGACUUACUCUGCGAUGUACUUCUGGUGUUGAAAAAGAAGCCAACUAAGGGAAAAGGAGCACUGAAAAACAUCAACAUGAAGUGCUUACUGAAGGCGUCAGCAACACACCUUGAGGAUGCUGGAUUUCGGCAAGCAGCAGUUGAAGAGCUGUUCAGUAUUCAUCUCGAGGCAGCACGAAUUUUACAGCAAAGCUGUGCUUUUCCCGAUGCUCUCAUUCCUUUGCUUCAUCCUCUAAAAAUGUUUAUCAAAAAAUGCCGCAACCCGGAUUUUGCACGACUUUUCAAGUCCUUGGAAAUGAAGCUGAAAGAGCAAGCUAAUUUUGCUCGAGAAAUUCUUGAUACAACAAGCGUGGAUCUCACUGAUGAAAUGUUGCUGAAAGAGCUGGCGAGUCGCCUGCGUAGUGCCGGUGCCCCGCUCACAAAGUUUUAUGAUUCCUGGCAGAAUGUUUGGAAAAUGAAGGAAGCCGUCACGGCCCCAGAUUGGGAAAGUGGAGGAAUGGAAUCAGCUUUGUUGUUAGUCUUAUACUUCUCUCUGCAAGCAAAAGGACAGGAUUAUUUACAGGCGGAGACUGUUGUGAAAGCUGUAAAAGGAACAAAAGUAGUAGAGCGGCGGGCAACACGAUCAGUUAUCAAGGCGAGCGCUGCUGUGGUUGAAAAGCACAAGACAAAAAGAAGAAAAAAGCAGAAGGGAACUGCUCCCGUCGAUGACGCUGAAGAGGAUGUCCUGGAAGAUCUGGUCCUUUCUGAUCCAGAAAAUUAA